UCUCCGUCCUUCCCCAUGUCAUCCCCGGCGUGCCGUCCCGGCCUCCCGGCGCCCCGCCGGCAGGCGACGCUCCUCCUCCAGCCGGCCGCUCCUCCGUCCGUCUCGAGGCGGCCUAUCCAUCGAACAGGAUCUGGGCGCUCCACCUUCGAGGUCUGUUCUCCUGGGGCCUGCCGUCGUCAAACUCGGGUCAUCUCUUCUUGCCAUGGUGGUAUGAUAGAAAGAAGGAGACUACUAUUGAUUCCUGCAAUUACUAUAACCAUUGGUUCCUUUCAGUACAGUCUGGAGAAUGGAGCAGCAAAAGCUGAAUUUACUGAUAUGCCAGCGCUUCGUGGGAAGGAUUAUGGAAAGACAAAAAUGAGUUAUCCUGAUUAUACUGAAACAGAAUCUGGCCUCCAGUACAAGGACUUGCGGGUUGGAGAUGGCCCAUCCCCAAAGAAGGGGGAGACUGUAGUGGUUGAUUGGGAUGGAUACACAAUUGGAUACUAUGGUCGCAUUUUCGAAGCUCGAAAUAAGACAAAAGGUGGUUCGUUUGAGGGUGGUGAUAAAGAAUUCUUCAAGUUUAAGAUUGGAUCAGGACAGGUAAUACCAGCUUUUGAGGAGGCUAUGACAGGCAUGCGUCCAGGUGGAGUUAGAAGGAUAAUAGUACCACCGGAUAUUGGAUAUCCUGACAAUGACUUGAACAAGUUAGGCCCAAAACCAACAACAUUCUCGGGACAAAGGGCUCUAGAUUUUGUUCUAAGGAAUCAAGGGCUAAUAGAUAAAACUCUCCUGUUUGACAUUGAGCUUAUCAGGAUAGUUCCAACUCAAUAGUACAGGAGGCACAUGGGCCAUUGCAGGGUAAUUUGGAUAACCUUUUGAAGGAAAGAAGCGUAACUUUUUGAGCAUUGAAUCAAAUCUUUGGAUGAUCAUUGGAUAUGUAAAUGUUUAAUAUAUAUAUAUAUAUACUUGAGUAUCAACACAAAAUAAUCAUCGAGAUCAUGCACCCAUCUGUUGUUUACUCGGAAAAUAUUAAGAAGGAAUGUAAAGUGCAACCGGAAAGAUCCAGUCUAUUAGUGAAAUAGGCCACUUGUAGACACACUCUGAUCUGUCCAAAUUAUAGCAGCAAGUAUAGAACAAAUUUUCUCUGAAA